AAAUGCACUUCCCAACUCACUUUCCUUAAACCAGUCUGUGGAGUUUGCUUCUCUUUGAGGGAAGUUAACUUUUCAAAGUUGAUUUCCUACGUUUAAACCUUUCAUUUUUUACGCAUUCUUUAUUUGGCACAGAUCUGUAGAGUUGGGAUGUUUAUUUGCCUUUUUUGGUUGUGUUGGUCCUGAUUUUUUCCCUUUGAGAAUUCACGCCGCUUACAUUGUUUUGGAGAAGAAAACACAAGUGACAGUCGGCAAUUUGGAUUUUUGUUUUUGAGUUUUGAGCUUUUCAGGGUCGGGUUCAGAUGUGGAGUUAACAUCUUCUUGUGUCGUCUGGAGGGGACUACAUCUUGUCAUCUUCAGGAUGGGACUAAUGUCUGGGGUUCUGGUUCUCCUGGGAACAUUAGGAGCUGUAUUAGCACAGAAUGGCAUUCAUUUCACAAUGGACCCAGCCAACAUUACCUCCUCUCUCGGGAAGGACAUUGUGCUGCGGUGCACUGUUACAGUCAGUGGGGAUGCAGAGGUCCCAGACGUGGAGUGGUUGAGAGAUGAAGAACCUUUGGCCUAUGCCGAUAUCAAUCAGAUCCAGAUGCCACAAGAUGAUGAUACAUGGUUGGCCAUUAGUGAACUUAGCAUUCAUUCACUACAGUUGUCUGACUCUGGCUUGUAUCAAUGCGUGGUCGAGGGCGAGGACAAGAAAAUCUUUUCAGAGUCAGCGUUUCUGCAACUAGAAGGUCUGCCCAUCUUCACCGAUGAACCAGAGGACAUGCAUGUCUACCCCAAUGUGCAAUUUAACCUCAGCUGUGAUGCUCAAGGUCCUCCUGGUCCUGUGGUGGUGAUAUGGUUACAAGAUGGUUUACCCCUGAACUCCCUCGUAGAUGAACUAGCUUCGACGCCUUCAGUGCUUCAAGUCAAAGGUCUUAAUAAAUCCUCUUUGUUCUCCUGUGAAGCUCAUAAUGGAAAGGGUGUUACUACAUCCAGGACCGCAACUAUUAAAGUUCUACCCAGGAGGCCAAAAGAUUUGACGCUGGUGACUCGGAGUACCACUCAACUGGAGAUAUCCUGGCAGCCUGGAGACAGCGGUGCUCACCCAGUGUAUGUGUGUACAGUGCAGGCUACUGCUCCUCAUAGCCACCUCAGUACCACUCCUCACCAUAAGAUCUACAACCAGAACAUCUAUGUGCCCCCUUAUACUCAUAUCAUCAGUGACCUUGCUCCCUACUCUGUUUACAAUGUGCGUGUGUCCUGCCUGAACCACGAGGGGGUGUCCCACUGGACAGAAUGGGUCCCAAUGGAAACCUUGGAAGGAGUUCCGUCUGGUCCCCCUCAAAAUGUCACUGCGAUUAGAAACGAGACUGUUAUUAUAAUCACAUGGAGAGAACCAAGAUCGCCACUGAAUGGUGUUCUACAGGGUUACAAACUGGCUUAUCAAGCUAAGGACCAACCAGAGGUUGUGGUAGAUGCUGGCCUGACCAAUGAGGUGAUGAUGGAUAUGUUGCAGCCUGUGGACAAUCUGACUGUUAGGAUCUCCUCUUACACAGUCUCCGGAGAUGGUCCUUGGAGUGAUCCGGUUGUUGCUAUACUCAGUAACUAUGAGUCUCCUCAAGCUGUCAGAGACAUGGCAUCAUCUCUUUUCUCCUGGCAUUGGUGGUAUGUAAUGCUGGUGGUUGCUGUGGCAGUUUUCGGAGCCAUCGUAGGUGCUAUUUUCCUCGCCCAUGUCCGAAAGAAGGAGACAAGAUAUGGAGAGGCCUUUGAACCAACCAUGGAGCAAGGAGAACUGGUGGUCCGGUACAGAGUACGGAAGUCUUACAGCAGAAGAACCACAGAAGCCACCUUGAACAGACUGGGCAUUAGUGAUGAUCUUAAAGAGAAACUUCGAGAUGUUAUGGUGGAUCGACACAAACUUACACUCGGCAAGACCCUUGGAGAAGGAGAGUUUGGCUCUGUCAUGGAGGGUCAGUUAAAUCAAGACGACUAUAUCCUUAAGGUCGCUGUGAAGACCAUGAAGAUUGCCAUCUGCACCCGCACCGAGAUGGAAGAUUUCCUGAGUGAGGCCGUGUGCAUGAAGGAGUUUGAUCAUCCCAACGUCAUGCGUCUCAUCGGGGUUUGUCUUCAGAAUACAGAAAAUGAAGGAUACCCAUCCCCUGUUGUUAUUUUACCAUUCAUGAAACAUGGAGAUCUCCACAGCUUCCUGUUGUAUUCACGACUUGGAGACGCCCCCCUGUUCCUCCCAACACAGAUGCUGGUGAAGUUCAUGACGGAUAUAGCUAGCGGCAUGGAGUAUCUAAGCAGCAAGAACUUCAUCCACAGAGAUCUGGCAGCCCGGAAUUGCAUGUUAAAUGAGAACAUGAACGUCUGCGUGGCGGACUUUGGUCUGUCCAAGAAAAUCUACAAUGGAGAUUAUUAUAGGCAAGGUCGCAUUGCCAAGAUGCCAGUCAAGUGGAUUGCAAUUGAAAGUCUUGCUGACCGCGUGUACACCACCAAGAGCGAUGUGUGGUCUUUUGGAGUCACCAUGUGGGAAAUUGCAACACGGGGCCAAACGCCAUAUCCUGGGGUGGAAAACAGUGAAAUCUAUGACUACUUGAGACAAGGGAAUCGGCUAAAACAGCCACCAGAUUGUCUUGAUGGAUUGUAUGAGUUGAUGGCUAGUUGUUGGCAGCUAAAUUCCAAGGAUCGGCCAACUUUUGAAACCCUCCAUAGAGAACUGGAGAAAGUUCUUAAGAAUUUACCUCCAGCCAAAGACCCAGAAGAAAUUCUCUAUGUCAACAUGGAAAAGCCCCUUUCCUCUUCUUUUAGUGAUGAAGGUGAACUUGGAGCUGUGGGUGGUUUGGAUACCAAGGAUUUUGGUGAUGACCUAUUCUUAAAAGCCACUUCUGUCACAGCCGAGGUUCAUCAGCCCGAGAACACCAACCGCUACGUGAUGUGUCCUAGUCGUGAAGCCACAAGACUCCCCACAAAUGUAUCCACAGAACAUGCACGUUACAGUUCUGCUUUAGAGGAAGGAACUUUGGAAGAGCUCUUAGCUGGACAAGGGUCCAGAUAAUAAGCACACAAUACAUGUCUCUUAAAGAGUUUUCCAAGAGUCUUGACUUAGAUGAAAUACUACCUUCUUAAAGAACUCUUCUGGGCAUUCCUUUUCCAUACUAAGGCAAUGCCCAAACAAAACAUUUUGCUUGGUCUUCCACCUUUCCAAUACUUCCAGUGGCAAUGACCAAAAACUGGUUAAAAGAAGAUGAUACCUGAGGUUUUCAGGCAACUUUUGAAGAAUGGAUAGACAGUCAUGACAGAACAACCUUGACCAUGGUUUCACAAGCCAUUUAUAUUAUUGUACAAUUAACUAUGUAAAAAUUUGUAAAGAGACUCAGAGCAUCCCAAUAAUACAUGAAUUCAACAUACGAUGAAAUAUUAGUGGGUUGAGAUGGAGGAUAAAAUGUUCCAGGGCACAAAUAAUGCAAUAAUGCAUAAUGUCAUUUUCUCGUGCUUGAUGGUUUCACCACUUUCUCUAAAAUUGACUGUUCCAUGCUAUAGUCAAAGGGAACUUGAAUGAACGAAUGAUUACAUGGACAAAUAUAUUUCUUGAUUUUGUAUUUUUAAGAAUUACAAAAGUGUGGAGGAGUCAGACCACCCUUAUUUACAGUAUUUGUUCUCCAUGUAUCUAUCUACUAUCAUGGGUGAUAAUAUGCAGAACAUAAGGGUAAUGUGUAUAUUUUUCCAUGUAUCUAUCAGUUUUUACUUUGCUUCUGUAGAACCACUAAUGUUUAUGGGCAGAUGAUUGGUUUUAGGUAGCCCUAAAGACUAUAUCUAUAAAUGGACAGCAAGCAGGGUACGGGGGAAUCCCAAAUGAAAUCUCACAACUGGUUGGUUACAGUCUACCACACCAUGGCAUUGAGUAGUGCAAACAGA